AUGGCAAGUAUGAUACGAAAUUACACGGCAGCUGUAGCAGUACUGAUCAUAGUCUCAUGUGUCAACAUGGAGAAAGUUUGUCCUCGUCAUGGAUUCAUUCAUCAACAACAGAAUUGUACAGCGACAUGUUCAACAGUGCAUGAUCAGUGUGCUAACGGUCUAAAGUGCUGCUACAGUUAUACACAAUCGUGUGGAUAUCAUUGUACCAAACCGAAAGAUAAUAUUCCAAAGCGAGGCCGUUGUCCAACUAUUAAAACCAGUGAUCCUCAAUGGUAUGUAUGCAACGAACACGAUUGUGAUGUUGAUUAUGAUUGCCCUGGUAGACAAAAAUGUUGUUCAAAUAUCUGUGGAUCGAAAGUAUGUAUUCUUUGA